AUGUCAAAUCUGGAGAAACAUGGACAGUGGCUCCCGCACCAUCCGGACAAAGCAUCUCUUGUCAGGUCAGAAGAAGCCUGGUGCUACAUCUGUGCGGCUGUUCGAGAGAAGUUGCAGCGUGUUCAAGGUUCAUCAGAUCAAUACAAUCGCUGGAUGACGAUCUAUCGCCCGUACAGAUAUCUGAAGCAGGAAGACGUGGAAGAAGGGGCCCAGCAUGAGGGAUUGCUACCUCGCAUGGCUAUGUCAAUUGCUUUUGACAUUGCUGACGCCAAGAAAGAUGUAAGAUUGAAUCGUACUCUUGCUGACUAUCCACCAAUCAGAAAUCGAAAUACUGGAACAGAAGCGACGCUGAGUCUGUGCCGAAGAUGGAUAAAAGACUGCGAUAGAACACAUGAGCUUUGCAAGUUCAACCGACAGGGGAGAAAAUUUCCACAACGUAUCCUGGAGAUAAAUCAUUUUGACGACAGCUGGUGCUUGAGACUACCAGCAGCAGGGACUGUAGACCUUCAAUCCAACUAUAUGACGGUCAGUCACUGCUGGGGCAAGAUCACUCCGUUGAAGCUUGUUGAGCAUUUAUUCUCUGAGCUGCAACAAUGGCAACCAUUCUCUCGACUACCUAAAUCAUUCCAAGAUGCGGUUCUCGUAACUAAGUUCUUAGGUAUCAAAUAUUUGUGGAUCGAUGCUUUGUGCAUCAUCCAGGAUUCAGAAGAGGACUGGGCAAAUCAAUCUGCUAGAAUGAGUGGCGUCUAUACUGGGUCUUUCUGUAACAUUUCCAUUGCUGGUGCCAGCGAUAGUGAUGGUGGCUGCUUCAAUGACCGUUCUAUCUCAGCUCUUCGCUUCCCACGCGUCCAUCUACAGGGCUCUGAACAAGAAAUGCCGGAUGUCUUGAUCUUCAAUGAAGACAAGAUGAUUGCUGGUGUCGAGGAUCAGCCUGUGAACAAGCGUGCCUGGGUUGUGCAAGAACGACUAUUGGCUCCUCGAAAGAUUCAUUUUGGGUCUAGUGAGGUCUUCUGGGAAUGUCAGGAAUUGAUGGCAAGCGAGUCCUUUCCAAAGGAAGUUCCCAGAGAUCUGUAUAGGCAAUCCAACUUCAAUACAACACCAAACAACAUGGAGGACAAUAGAAUUACCGAUGACACAUUCGAGUUGUGGAUGAGAAUCAGAGCUCAAUACUCAUCCUGCAAUCUCACAUUUGCUAAAGACAAGCUGGUGGCUAUUUCUGGGGUAAUAGACCUGCUUCAACAAUUGACUGGUCAUUCUUUCAUUGCUGGACUUUGGAGCUCCAUUAUUCCCUACCAACUUUGCUGGACGGCUAGUGGCGUUAACAGAUCACCGUAUGACUCUUAUAUAGCGCCUUCCUGGUCAUGGGCCUCUAUAAGCGGCAAAAUUGCAUGGCAAGAAGCGUCAAUCCUCGAUUACCAUACACUGAUAGAAGUAGUGGAGAUACAGGUCGAGCCUGCGAUUUCAACAAAGCCCAAUGGGGUCUUGAAAGGUGGAUUUCUGACGCUUGAAGGGGGGCUGCUCCCUAUUUCCGGCCUCGAUGACAGUGGCAAACCUUGUGUUCAUAUGUUUGACCAACCCCUGUCUGAAUUCGAAAUUAUCUGGGACGACGCAGAACCGCAAUCUUAUGAUGAAGGAUCACUCUAUCUACUACCAAUUACCGUCUCUAGCAAUAUGAGUGGCUUCGAGGGCUUGCUAAUUCGUCACAUCAAAGGAAACAGAAACUCACGCAAUGUCUUUAUCCGUAUCGGCACAUUCAAUAACAUUAGUGUAGAAUAG